AUGGCUAAUGCUGUAGUAUCAGUGGGCCGGAGCCAACCAGACAAUGAAUGGGCACUAGGAGGACACAGAGAGCUGUUGGGCUUAUUAGGUGGGCAAGAGAAGGGUAGCGAGGGCUAUAAAGGUGAUGGGAUAAGCAUAAAAGACGGAAUGGUUGAACCGUGUGCCGUUAGGAGUAACUGCGGCUCCUGCUGGGGGGCUGGAGGAGGCACCUUUGGCCGACAUGGACAGGAGCCGGCCUCGACCCACGAGGAUUUGACCAGCAGCAGAGGUUCCUGGCUGCUGGGCAGGAAAGGCGGCCAAGACGUGCAGGCGAGCAGGGACUUUCCUGUCCGUCCGGCGCCCGCCCAUGGCCCCAGGCAUCGGGUUCUCGUCGCGAGGGAGAAGAGGCCGGUCGGCGACCGCGUCCGGGAGCGCGACGGUGACCAGAACCAUGACCAUGAGCUUGAAGGGUGA